AUGCCCAACCAAUACCGCAACAUUCAAACCACCGACUCAACAAGCUUCCCCUAUAUAUAUGAGCAGAACGUGUCUGUGCCGUUGGGAAAUCGUGGAGUGGUUCGCUGCAAUGUGUAUAAGUCCAAGGCAGCUGCAGCAGAAAGCCGGUUCCCAGUGCUUGUGACGUAUGGCCCAUAUGGUGAAGACGUGCCUUAUGAGAAGUAUGUUAAAUCUCAAAAGCUUCUCAGAAAUGAGCCCGACGCAUCAAACGCAACACUCUGUGUGGGAACCCCACCCCUCUAUUUUGGACAGGCUAUAGCAUUAAUCGACGGAUUCUGUGAUGUCAUUGACUAUUAUGCUGCCACAGAAUGGCAAGUCGCCGCUCGGCAGCCUCCGGGAAUAGCUGCUAUUGUUCCUUGGGAAGGAUUCUCUGAUGCCUAUAAUGAAUCCCUGCGCCACGGUGGCAUCCUAUCGAACAAGUUCUUUGAUAUGUGGUAUGCGCGUCAGGUCGCAUCGAACCAAAACGGGCUGCCGGGGGCGAUCAUUGCGCAAUUGGGGACCCGAUACCGUUGA